AGGCCAGGGAGAGAGCUUAAUCUAAACAUACACUUCAUGCCACAGAAUCAGCUAACUUUGUUCCUGCCUCCGCCCUUAGUGCUCACCCUCCACCUCCCACAUUUCUGUUUAGGAUUCACUAUGGCAAGUGAUUUAGGUAUAAUCAAAUAACACUUACAAGGCAGCCCUCAAAGACCUUUCAAACUGAGUUGGGGAGACAGAACACAGAUGGCUAAAAAACAAACUAAAAAUACUAGUCAGUAUAUAAAAAGCAGCAAAUAAAUAUAAAUAGUAAGCAUCGUUAUAGCAGUGCGGAGGAAGGAAGGAAAACAGUGGGCUGGAGUGUUCGGGCUUCGUGGCAGAGACUCGGUGUUGGAUCUGUGGAAUUUCUCUAGGUGGGGGUUAGGGGUGGGAGGGGAGAUAACUGUAAAAACUGUAAGAACCAACAGACAGAAAAGAGAUUCCAGGAGAGAGUGGAAAAUAGGGGAGAAAGGGCCCACUUUUAUUCUGAUAGUUGCAAGUGAGUGGGGUUUACAGUGUUCUGUGGGAUUAUUAGACAGACUUGGCACAGAUUCUUAUUUGUUUGUUUUUUGGAGUGUUGGGGGUGGUGCAGGUGGGUGGUUAAAAUUUUGAGAAUCAAAAGAAAGCCUCCAGCACUCUUCUCAGGAAAGAAAAUUUGCAUAUUUGCAAAUGCACACAAAAUGUUGCUGUGAUUUCAAGGAUCCCUUCCCUCCUACUCCAAGCUGAGAAACUAGUAUAUAUCUAAAAGGAGUUGCACCCAAGACAAUCUAUCUAGGAAAAAUGUCAGCCAGGUGUAUAUAUCACAGUAAAAGUAAUUAAGCAAUGUAAAAUACAACCAGUAUUCAUAUAUUCAUGAAUCAUCAAGCUCUGAAGCUGACUUGAAACAGGUGGGUAAGCAAUUUGGUAGGACUGUGCUGGCACUUCAAACUUUUCCUCCAGGUCUCCGGCUAUUCCAGUGGAAAUAUCCAGAUGGAGGCGAUUCUCUGUCUUUUUCGGACCUGAAAGAGGCCAAGCUCUCAAAAAUGUGAAUCAAUGGGAUUAUUUACGCACGUAUAACUGGAAUCCACUCCAAGAUGCCGAUUUCGCUGCAGAAGAGAUACUCUUGCUCCCCACCCCCUCCUUUCUUUUUGACAGUCAGUUAAUAAAGACUCAACAAUAAGCAGCUGCCAGUGAUGUCAUUUGGGACUUUGUCCACGGAGCUUGUAUUUACAAGCUCGGAGCAGCGACGGAGCCGCAGCGCAGGGAGCAAGUCUCCGCAAACUUGCACCGUACUCACGGCAGGACUUCCCAGCCGCUGCGGAUGUUCAGGAAAACCGAGUCCCUUCUCUUAGCGUGGCCUUUGAAUGCUUCAGAAAUAAACAGAGGAUAACCAACCGCGGGAGGAACUUUUUAGCUGGAGAGAGUUGUUGCAGUUCCUGUGUCUGUCUCCAGGACUGUGAUAUGUGUUGACUGAAGAGCUAACUAAAAUGACCCUGGAAACAGACGGGGGAUUCUUAUAAGUCACAAAAGAAAAUAAAUAACUUCGUCCAUGGAGGGAAAGAGACAGCUCGAGAAAAGGGACUUUGGAAAAAGGCUGUCUCUAGACAGCAGUCUUGUGGAAUACAUGGACUCCAAUAAAUACAUUGAGCAUCUGCUGAGUCAACUCGAAGAGCAACACAGGAGUCUCUGGAGGGAGAAGUUGGCAGUGGCCCGACUACAGCGAGAAGUUGCCCAGAGAACAAGUGAGGGGGCCAUGCAUGAGAAGCUGAUACAUGAACUGGAAGAGGAGAGACACUUACGCCUUCAAAGCGAGAAGCGGUUGCAGGAGGUGACCCUAGAGUCUGAGCGCAACAGAAUUCAGAUGCGUGGCUUGCAGCAGCAGUUCUCCAGGAUGGAAGAAACAGUGCGAAAUCUACUGCAGAGUCAAGGAUCUCCAGAGCAGAAAAAAGAAGAAACUGUUAAUAUAAUGGUCUAUCAGGAAAAGCUGUCAGAGGAAGAGAGAAAACAUAAGGAAGCUUUGGAAGAUCUUCACAUGGUGGUUGAUGAGGAUUCGAGGAGUGAAAGCAGCAGUACAGAUGAGGGGAAAGAAAAGACCAAAUUGCUAUUAGAGAGAUUGAAAGCUCUGGAGGCAGAGAAUUCAGCAUUGGCUUUGGAGAAUGAAAAUCAAAGGGAACAAUAUGAGCGAUGUCUUGAUGAGGUAGCCAACCAAGUUGUUCAAGCUCUGCUUACUCAAAAGGAUCUAAGAGAGGAAUGUGUGAAGUUGAAAACAAGAGUGUUUGAUUUGGAACAGCAGAAUCGAACACUAAGCAUCCUAUUCCACCAGCGAGUCAGACCCACUUCUGAUCUGCUCCUCCAGAAACUUCACUCACGCCUUUUGGAUCUUUCAUCCGGAGAUUUGCUUUCAGAGGUGGAAAGAAGCCGAAGUCUGACACAGUCACGAACUGAUGCUGAGCUGCACGAACACCAGCUAAAUACAAAAUCAGCCUUGAAAUGCCCUGGCUUGGGGGCUGUCAUCCCUGGUCAUCUCUGUCCUCGAAACAGCUACAGCAGCAGCAGUGAACUGUCUCUUUCAAGCACCUGCAGCGAGUACUCCAGUGGCUCCUCCUACACAUGGCACGAUGGGAAGAACCUCAGGAAAAGGCAAUCAUCACAAAACUGGGAUAAAAGGCUAAGUAUUGAUUCUUCGCUCCCAAGUGGCUUUGCUAGUCCUACAAAUGAACUACCUCCAACUCGUAUCAAGGAAAGCCACAUUUUGGAAGGGCUAAGAAAGCUACAGAAGCGAAAAGUGUUACUUGAACCCCCAUCAGUGAUAACCAAAUGGGGUUAUAAAGAUUGCAUGAACUCGAAUGAAGGAAUAUAUUCUCCAGGAAUUAAAAGUAGCAGCCUCAAGGAGUAUCCCCCCUGCAAAACAGCUGACCUGGGGAGCCCCUGCAAGGAGCCCCACAAGACAUUUGUUUAUGAUCUAGAUUCCCACGAUGAUGCAGACGAUGACUCCUCCACCUUCGCAUUGCUCCAAGCAGUUCCAAACCAGAGCUACAGGCCGCAUGGCAGUAAACUAACCCACAGUGUUUCUGACAGUCUGUUUGGCUGGGAAACAAAUAGAAAACACAUUCUGGAAGGCACAUCCUCAGUUUAUCCCAGGGAAAAGCCUGAAAAGCUGACAAGUUGCGCCAGCAGCUGUCCCUUGGAGAGGAAGCUGUGCCCAAGUGUGCAGACGCCUCAGGUACAGAGGGAGAGGGGCCCACACGGCCAAGGCCAUGGCUGCGUGGCUCUCAACCUCCAGCUUUCAGACACUGAUGACAAUGAAACACUCGAUGAGCUUCACAUAGAGAGCAGUGAUGAGAAAAGUCCUUCAGACAUGUCACUGGCUGCCGACACCGAGAAGUCCGUGGAGAACCUGGAUGUUCUUGUAGGGUUUGGAAAAUCUCUAUGUGGGUCUCCUGAUGAGGAGGAAAAACAAGUGCCCAUCCCUUCAGAGACUAGGCCAAAGACGUUUAGUUUCAUUAAGCAGCAAAGAGUUGUAAAAAGGACUUCUUCAGAAGAAUGUGUUACCGUGAUAUUUGAUGCGGAAGAUGGCGAGCCCAUUGAAUUCAGCUCUCACCAGACUGGAGUUGUCACUGUUACCAGAAAUGAAAUUUCCAUCAAUUCAGCUCCUACUGGACCCAAGGCAGAACAUGCUGAACUUUUACCUCAGGGAAUUACUUGUUUACAGCCAGGAGCUGCUGCAAGAGACUAUACUUUCUUUAAAAGGUCUGAAGAGGACACUGAGAAAAACAUUCCAAAAGAUAAUGUAGAUAAUGUUCCCAGGGUGUCCACUGAAUCUUUCAGCUCCAGGACAGUGACACAAAAUCCUCAGCAGCAAAAGCCGGUCAAGCCCACACACACGCUAUCAUGCCAGAGUAAUUCCAGGUCUUCAGCGCCCAUGGGCAUCUAUCACAAGCAAAAUCUCACAAAAAUACCUGCCAGGGGCAAGUCUUCACCUCAGAAAUCAAAACUAAUGGAGCCGGAAGCCUCCACACUACUCCCUUCAUCUGGCCUGGUGACUCUUGAAAAAUCACUGGCCUCAGUUCCUGGGAAACUCUCACGAUUCGUGAAGACUGAGAGCUCAGGACCCCUCUUUGAAUUACGACCAGAUCCACACAUUCCAAAACAUCCCACCCAACUUCCGCACAGAUUGCCCAGCAGGAGGGACUGGGUCCACUGCCCCAAGAGUCAGACUCCAGGGUCACGGUCAAGGCCUGCCAUUGGGUCUAGCGACAGCGGAGAGCCCCCCACGAGGGAUGAACACGGUGGCUCUGGGCCGGAGGCAGGGGUGAAAUCCCCUUCCCCUCCGCCCCCUCCAGGCAGGUCCGUCUCCCUGCUGGCCAGGCCCAGCUAUGACUAUGCACCAGCACCUUCAUCCACCAAGUCUGAAACCAGGGUCCUCAGUGAAACAGCAAGGACCCCGUUCAAAUCCCCUCUGCUGAAAGGAAUCUCUGCUCCGGUUAUUUCGUCUAAUCAGGCCACGACAGAAGUGCAGAGGAAGAAACCUUCUGUGGCCUUCAAAAAGCCUGUCUUCACUUGCCCUACACCCUCCCCAGAAGCAGUCAUUCAAACCCGAUGCCCUGCUCAUGCCCCCUCCAGCUCCUUCACCGUAAUGGCUCUGGGGCCUCCAAAGGUCUCUCCGAAGAGAGGUGCCCCAAAAACCUCUCCUCGCCAAACACUUGGGACCCCACAAAUGGACACAGGAUUACAGACUCCCAGGAUUUCUCCUUCAACCCAUGAGCCACUGGAAAUGACAUCCUCCAAAAGUGUAUCUCCAGGGAGAAAAGGACAGUUGAAUGAUAGCGCCUCCACACCCCCCAAGCCUUCCUUCUUAGGGGCAAACGAGUCACCAUCAUCUCAGGUCAGUAGUCCCUCUUUGUCCUCGUCACCCUCCAAAAGCCAUCACAGCCCUCAUGGUUGUCAAAGUGCUCAUGAGAAAGGACUGAAAACUCGCCUUCCGGUGGGACUCAAGGUGCUCAUGAAGUCUCCCCAGCUGCUCAGGAAAAGUUCCACCGUGCCAGGGAAACAUGAAAAAGACAGUUUAAAUGAAGCCUCCAAAAGUUCUGUGGCUGUGAACAAGUCUAAGCCAGAGGACUCCAAGAAUCCAGCAAGCAUGGAGAUCACAGCAGGUGAGAGAAAUGUGACCACACGGGAUUCACAGGCACAGGACAGUUUAGCUGAGGGGCUUCCCCUGGAAACAGCACUACAAGAGUCAUUGGAAAGUAGCAUCCCUGGGAGUGAUGGAAGGGAUGGGGUAGAUAAUAGGUCCAUGAAAAGAUCGCUUUCCUCCAGCAAACCACACCUAAAACCAGCUCUGGGCAUGAAUGGCGCCAAAGCCCGCAGCCAGAGCUUCAGUGCGCACUCAGGAGACAAGCCUUCCACACCCGCCAUGGAAGGGCCAGGCAAAGUCCGAACUCAGAUCAUUACCAAUACUGCUGAGAGAGGCAAUUCUCUUACCCGGCAGAAUUCUUCCAUGGAAAGCUCUCCCAACAAGGCCCCUUCUGUUCCCAUGUUGGAGAGUCUCCCUAGUGCUGGGAGGCCCUUGGGGCACCCCUCCUCCAGGCAGGGCUCCCUGGGGAGCUCAGGCAGCUCCAGCAGUCAGCAUGGGAGCCCAAGCAAGUUGCCUCUGAGGGUCCCUCCAAAGUCUGAGGGACUCCUCAUCCCACCUGGGAAGGAAAACCAGCAGGCCUUCACCCAGGGAGAGUGCCCCAGUGUGGCUAUACUUGCGGAACCAGGCAGUGACCGCCACCAGUGCCCACCCACCCCAACAGACUGCCCUGAAGCCCUGCAGAGCCCAGGGAGGACUCAGCAUCCAAGCACUUUUGAAACAAGCAGUACAUCCAAGCUAGAAACUUCUGGAAGGCAUCCAGAUGCCUCUGCAACUGCGACUGAUGCUGUGAGUUCAGAAGCCCCCCUCUCACCCACAAUCGAAGAAAAGGUCAUGUUGUGCAUUCAGGAAAAUGUGGAAAAGGGCCAAGUGCAAACAAAGCCCACCUCUGUAGAAGCAAGGCAGAAGCCUGGGCCUUCUUUUGCCAGCUGGUUUGGUUUUCGGAAGAGUCGACUUCCAGCUCUGAGUAGCAGGAAAAUGGACGUCUCCAAAACCAAAGUAGAAAAGAAAGAUGCAAAAGCCUUGGGGUUUGGAAACAGACAACUAAAAUCGGAAAGAAAAAAAGAGAAAAAGAAGCCUGAACUACAGUGCGAGACAGAAAAUGAGCUUGUCAAGGACACCAAGUCAGCAGAUAAUCCAGAUGGCGGUUUACAAAGCAAAAAUAAUCGGAAAACACCACAAGACAUUUACAACCAACUGAAGUUUGAACCAAGGAAUAGACACAGCCCUGUUACAUGUUCAACAAAAGACACCUUCAUGACGGAACUCUUGAACAGAGUUGAUAAGAAAGCAGCUCCACAGACAGAAAGUGGAUCAACUAAUGCUUCCUGCAGGAAUGUGUUAAAGGGCGGUUCUCAGGUCUCCUGUCUCACCGGCAGCUCUCUCAGCACUCAAGGAAACCACAAGAAAAACAUGAAAAGCAAAGCCGAUAUGGAAGUACCGAAAGGCUCCCUGGUAAAACAGGCAAACGAAAACUUGCAAGAGGAUGAAGAUGAUGCAGUUGCAGAUUCUGUAUUUCAGAGCCACAUCAUAGAAUCCAGCUGCCAGAUGAGAACAUUGGACAGUGGGAUCGGAACCUUCCCACUCCCAGACUCGGGAAAUCGCUCGACGGGACGAUACCUAUGCCAGCCAGACUCCCCAGAGGACAGUGAGCCUCUCCUGCCUCUCCAGUCAGCCCUUUCUGCAGUUUCUUCCAUGAGAGCCCAAACCCUUGAACGUGAAGUGCCUUCCUCCACAGCCAGCCAGCGCCCUGCAGAUAGCACCAUUGUUCAUUCCACAUCUGACCCCAUCAUGACUGCCAGAGGGUUGCGACCUCUUCAAAGCCGCCUUCCCAAACCAGCUUCCUCAGGAAAAGUCAGUCCCCAAAAGCAGAAUGAAGCAGAGCCAAGGCCUCAGACAUGCUCAUCAUUCGGAUAUGCUGAAGAUCCAAUGGCAAACCAGCCGCUUCCAGACUGGGGGGGUGAAGAUGCCGCCACCAGGACCCAGAAAUUGAAACAACUUGAAGAAACAAAAGACGAUCCCGAGAAUAGAUUAUCGAAAAUUUCCCUGGAGUCAUUCAAUAAAUUUCACAGCAAUACUGUGAUUUUAUUAGAAAAAGAGAAGAACUCUCUGAACAAGGUUGAAGGACAGAAGGAAGAAAAAGAAAAAAAUGAAGAGACAUCCUUGAGUAGUUCAGAUAGGCCUGGGGUAGACAACUUGGAAUCUCUGAGUGAUUCUUUAUAUGAUAGCUUCUCUUCCUGUGCCAGUCAGGGUUCAAAUGAUGUAUAAAGGACUUCUCUUCCCUUAGUGAGCUGGGACUGGAGCGCUUAAGAAAUGAGGGCGGGGGGGUGGCGGGGGUGCGCUGCUUGGUAGAGAUGACAAUAAUAAACUAUUGCAGUACCAGAACCUUCAUUGUCAAAUUCACAGCAGGCAACCCACCAGAGCUCAUAUCUCUGACAGGGCAAUAAAGAUAGACUCCAUUUAUUGUGUUUCAAGAGGAUUAAGCGUAAACACACCUAUGAUACAGAAUCCUUAAUUUUGCACUUUUUUUGAAUAUUUGUACAGAAGUUGUAAAUUUUUUGGAAGAGAAAUUAUAUUUGUAGCAAAAAAAAAAAAAAAAAAGACAGCAAUAAAUGGAAUCAGCGCCAUGCUCUUGAAAUAAUGUACUAAGUCUUAGAAGUUGAUGAUAAUAUAUAUUUUUUAAAAUCCCAACUGAAGUUUUCGUGAUGUUCAUUGUCCUGGUCCUCAUAUUGUUUGUGGGUACACUCUGUAAACCUACAACAGGGCCUGCCAAAAAACUAGAGGGUUCUUUCCUCCUCAUCUCCAUCUCAUAAAUCUCAAUUUGAUAGAAAUGUUCAUUUUAGUGCAAUUUCAGAUUCGUUGCCAGAGAUUCAGGUGACAGUAAUCAGUGUAAUUCUGCUUCUGCUGAAAAAUGAAAAGGGUCCUAAAGUGUGGACACUGAUUGGGACUGUGUCAUUGUAUCAGAAAUGACCGAAUUUUAUUCCCAAUAACAGUUUUUCCUUCCAGACAUUUCUUUAGAUUGUCUUCUACUUAGUGCUUCUCUAUGAUCCUGUUAUUUGAUUUUUAUCUUCUUGCUCUUUUUAUUAAAAUCUGGGCACUCUAAAAAUGAAAGCAAAUUUCUAUUUGCAGUGUUCACUUUUAAAAAUAAAAUUAAUGGUGCUACGAAGAAUUCUUUUUAAUAUCCUUUUUUUCUACAAAGACUGUUUAUAUGUAAGGAUAAAUUCUAUUUUAAAGGUUAUGUGUAUUUUUUCUAGAUGUGAACUAUUUAUAAUUGCUUAUGUACAGGAGCUUGUAAACUAGGCACAAUAGAAAUAUUUUUAGGAUCUAUAUGGCUACUUUAGCACAUAAUUGUUUCUUUAAAGAGUAUUGUAUGAUCAGUGUUAUUUGGUUAAUUUGUGCAAUUUGUUUUAUCUUAAAUGAAAAUUAUGUAAAAUGUCUUUGUCUUUCAGACUUUAAAAAAUCCUUUUGUUUCCUUUCUGAAUAAAAGUUAUAUCACAAUUGCACCCUCUGAAAACUGAAAAUAACUUGCUCAAGGACCUUUUGGCCCAGUCAGUUACUUGAAUCAUGACUCACACGUGCUCUUCCGAUGGGUUCCCCGAAGGAAUAAAUGAACUGGCCCUUUUGCCCUAGAGAUAGUAAUUUAGCCAAUUGUAAGAUCAGAGUCUGCAGACAGGUGAGUAAUGGUCAAAGCAGUUCAGUCUCCCCGAGGGGUUAACCAAAUAGAAAUGAAAGAAGGGGGGAGGGAGGGAGAGAAGGAGCCCGAGGCAGACAUGGAGCGAUCUCUGCAGAGGAAUUACAAAGCAAGUCAUUUAAGCUCCUUUCCAGACCAGCUCAGCUGGGAGGAUGCAGAAAUAAAUGAUCAGCGUCCCGGCCGGAGAGAGCUGCCCCAAGAAGUGGCCGCGGGAGAAAAGGGUGAAAAGGGGCAAAGCUUAGGAGGCGAUUUCCACGGAAAUGGACGCUCCCUAAGGAUGUGGGGAAAGGGGGUGGGAAUGUGCGGAUUGGGGGCGGGGGCACCAACGCACUCCGGCGGGCAAGCGGUCUCCCGCAACACCUGCUGCAAGGCUCGGGAAGAAAGGCGAUGAUAGCACCGGGGCAUCCCCGGGAGUACGCAAGGCUUUGCGCUGCAAAUCCAGUGCUACCAGUGUGAAGAAUUCCAGCUGAACAACGACUGCUCCUCCCCUGAGUUCAUCGUGAAUUGCACGGUGAACGUUCAAGACAUGUGUCAGAAAGAAGUGAUGGAGCAAAGUGCCGGGAUCAUGUACCGCAAAUCCUGUGCGUCAUCAGCGGCUUGUCUCAUCGCCUCUGCCGGGUACCAGUCCUUCUGCUCGCCAGGGAAACUGAACUCAGUGUGCAUCAGCUGCUGCAACACCCCUCUUUGCAACGGGCCAAGGCCCAAGAAAAGGGGAAGUUCUGCCUCGGCCCUCAGGCCAGGGCUCCCCACCACGAUCCUGCUCCUCAAAUUAGCCCUCUUCUCGGCACACUGCUGAAGCUGAAGGAGAUGCCACCCCCUCCCGCAUUGUUCUUCCAGCCCUCGCCCCCAACCCCCCACCUCCCUGAGUUGCUUCUGGGUGUCCUUUUAUUCUGGGUAGGGAGCGGGAGUCCAUGUUCUCUCUUUGUUCCUGUGCAAAUAAUGAGGCAGUGUAAAGCAUUCUGAAUAAAUUCAGUCUGGCUGAA